AUGGCAGAACAAGAGCACACCAACGCACCGAACACUGCAGUAAACUUUUUCCGUGACGACAAGAGAGAAGAGGCCAAACAAAACCUUGAAGGAGGAAAUAUGGUAGAGCUCUUGGCAGGAUUGUGGGCACAAAUACCGGAAGAUGAAAAGUCUUCUUUCAUUGAAAGGCGUGUGAAGAAGGAUCGACCGGAAGGAGGAGAUCGAGACAAUACACAGAACAUGGAAGAGCGUGAGAAAUAA